UUAAAAGUUUCUUUAAAAUAUGUUGUAGGACGCAUAUAAUGGCAGAAGAAACCCUAUUACAAAAAAUUAUAAGCGGCAUUGUGGCAAAACUCAGCAGAUUCGGCAUAACCAUCAGAAGAGAGGACCUGCGAGUGAUUUCCCAACUGACGGCAUACUUGCGUAGUACGAACACGGGUGAAGGAGAAAAUGUAAUCGAUAGAGAACGUUUACCAGGAGAAGCAGGAAUGGACGAAGACAUAGAAUCAAUCAGUCAAAUGAUUUCCCUUCUGCAUAACGCAUUCCUUUCCGGUGAGGCUGAGGGAGCGGAAGUAACGCCUUCAAUACAGGAGCCUGGAGAAUUAGAGUCAGUUAUCCGCCAGUUUCAGUUCUAUAUCAAUAUUGCCCAACAAAUGAGACGCGAGAUCCCUGAAACAAGGGUGCAACAGCUUGGAUUUUUGUUGGAUACGAAUACAGAACGAAUAAGACAGCAAGCAAUGGGAUUGAAUAAAGCGCUGGAGAUGUGGAAAUCCUUCAUUGAUAAGGCAAACGAUAUCCUUACCCAGAUUUCAGCAAUCAUCAAUAGGAGUGAUGUGAUAGGAAAUGAAGACAGAGGGCUGUUAGCUAGGUACGAUGACUAUAAUAAUGAACUUCAAGCAAUAAAGUGCGAGUACGAGCGAAUAAAUGCCAUAUGGGAAGGUAUUAGACGAGAUCCUUCAUUCAUUCAGUCGAACUUAUGGAUGAGGUGCAUUUUGAUUUAGUAUGCCUUACACCUUGCCUGGCUUUUGGAAAUGAUGAAAUAUUAGAUAAAGUUAUUUGACUGUUUUUCUGCUAUGUCCUGUUGUUUGCCUUUUAUUGGCUUGCAUAUAAUGCUUAAUAAAACUACAAUGCUUUGUA